UGUUGUUAGUGGGAGAUCACGUGGAUUGGCUGCUUGGGCAUGGGGGCCACUUCCUACAUUAUUUCUGCUCAGAGGAGAGAGAGAGCGAGCGGUCUUAGUUUGAACAAAAUGGCUGCAAGAACGCUGUCAACGAGAGCUCACUGAACGCAUUAUGACUGUCCACUCCUACAUUUGGAUUUUUCGAGAAUGUAUUUUCUUGGAUUCGUUUUUCAAUUUGCAUUCGUAGUAGCAAGGUCGUCGGUCAGAUGUUGUUGCUAACCUGCUAGCUCCUCAGCUAGCGGCCUAAACACAAAUAAUUUCAUUUUGCACUUUAACCCAAGUUUCCUAGCUAGCUAGCCAUUUUCGUCGACAAUUUACUGAAAUCUGCCUAUUUUCUUUCAUUUGCAAAUUACUCCUUACAACAGUCGAUGACUAUUGCCAACUAGCUAACGUUAACGUUAACUCCGCUACUUUUUGAGUCGGAAUUGUUUCUCUUGCUUUUUCGUUUUGCUGCUUUUUUUCUAUAUCGUGAUACUUACGUUGAGCAUGUUUUUUUGUUGCGACAAUUUUACUUUUAGUGCAUCGUUGCGCUAAAAUACAAAUUUCUUACUGCGUGUAUUUCAAGUAUCGAUCUCGGUAUUUUUGUUAUUAAGCUGCUCAAACAGUUAUUCCGUCAGUCAGUAAGCCCCUGCAGCAAGAGAGCUGCACUUGGCUAAUGCUAGCUAGCUGGAUAACUGCGAAGACUGAAUUAAUGAUUUGUAAUUUACGGGUAUUUUUCGGAAAAGGCACAGCAGAAUGCUUUUCUGCAUCGUUCUCUUUCAUGCACAAACUCUGUAUUGAAAGCUGCCAAAGCUCAACGUGUGAUUACGCGAGCUGAGAGAAGCGAACAACACGAGAAGAGAACCAUUUGAUGGAAGAAAAUAAAAAUAAAAAGCAAGAAAAGACCAAGAAGGAAGCUGCUCAGAAACAGGCUGCUGACACGAAAACCAGAGUGCCAGAGCCAGCUAAGCCCAGCCCCGGUCCCCUCCACCACCCCACCACCAGUGUGACCCUGCCCCAGGCCUCACAUCCCCCCUCCUCCUCCUCUUCAGUCAGAACCAAUGGGAAGCGCGCCCCCCCUAGCACCCAGCAAACACCACAGCAGCUGACCCCUCCGCCUCCGUCGUCGUCCUCAGGCCCCCGCUACCCGCCCCGUGAGGUUCCCCCGCGUUUCCGCCAGCAGGAGCACAAGCAGCUACUGAAGAGGGGCCAGCCACUGCCAGCCGGAGCCCUGAGUAGCCUCACCGUGACACCUGCCUCUGACCCGCUCAUCUCCGGUGCCCCCCCUUCUUCCUCCUCCGCAGGCAAGCGCCACACAGACCUGCCCUUCCAUAGUGGUCCUGGUGCCCAGCAUGAGAAUCCCCACUGGGGAGCCUUGCCACCAACCAGCACCACCAGUAGUAGCUGGGAUCAAGUGAUCAUCGACGGGAGCGACACCGAGGCCUGGCCCUCCAUCAGUCGCAGCAGCGUCAGCCGACCAGCGAAUCCUCCAGAAUGUGCCACAGCCGCUGACUGUACGAACCCAGAGACCAGCAGCUACAUGAGCAUGGCCGCGGGGGCUACUAGCCAGCAGGCCCACUACCCCUCCUCUCUCAAAGCUAACGUCGCUAACGUAGCAAGCAUGAUGCAGCCUAGCGGUGGCCAGGGAGUUGGAGCCAUCGGCAGCAGGGGCUGGGGCUCCGGACCAGGCCCCAUCCCCAUGGGCCCCACUGAGGGAGCCAAACCCGACGGCCUUGGGCCCAACCUGGGUCGGAGUGGAGGAGCACCCAGCUGGAACUCCCAGCCCAGCUUUAGCCUGAACCUGAACCCCAACGCCAACCCCUCGGCCUGGCCCGUGCUGGGGCAAGAGGGGGCUGGAGGUGGCCAGAACCCCGCCUCACUACCACCCAACAGUAUCCUGGGCAAUGGGAGCCUGGGAGGGGACGAGAACAACAGCAGCAGCACCUGGGGAGGCAUGAUGAGCCCUGAUGCCCCGUCCUCCAAUAAGAAUGUGUCUUUCAGCAGCAUGGAACACCCCAACCUUAACACUGACGGACAAAACAGCCACCACACUAAGCAGCCCCUCAGCCCCAUCCACGGGCUGCCCGGUUGGGGAGGCCAGUCCCCUACUGAGUCCUCCCAGCUCAACGGAGACGCAGGGAGCUCUGUCUGGGGCAACGAAGACACCAAGACACCCGCUAACUCCUCCAAGAACUCAGGCUGGGACUCAGCACCCUCCGGAGGCAUGUCCGGCUGGGGCCACUCUGGCAGCGGAAGUGGCAGUGGAGAAGGAGGCUGGGGAGGAGACUGGGGGAAGCACUCCAGCGGUGGAGGAGAGGUCAAAGGAGGCUGGGAUUCCUCAGAUGGCCCAGCCCAGGACCAGCAGGUGAGCUCCUGGGGCCAGCCAACCCCGGCCCCGGCUAGUGAGGGUAGCGGGAGCGGUGGCAGCGAGGGGCGCAUCCAUCGCAGGGGUCAGACUGGCAGUGAGGACGGAGGUCCCCCUCCCCUGCCUCGGCAGGACCUGGACCCCCGUGUGCUCUGCAACACAGGCUGGGGCCAGACGCCCGUCCGCCAGCACACCUCCUGGGAGAUGGAGGAGCAGCGUGCCGCCAACGAUAGGAAGACCAGCGAGAUGAGGGGAGGCGGUGGAGGGGACACAUGGAGGGGCUCCAACAGCCCCUCUUCUGGAUCCCCACUGGACCCCCGGAACGGGGGAGCCAACCCCAGCCUGGGACCAUCUCAGAGGCCAGGCUCAGGGGGCCCCGGAGGCAAGAGUGAGGGCCCUUCAGGCUGGGGAGGCCCUCCACCCUCAAGCUGGGGGGAGCAGCCUGUCAACAAGGCCCCCAACGGUUCCGUCAGUGGCUGGGGGGACCCCAUGGCCCAAGGCCCCAAUACCACAAACAAUGGCCCAAAGAGUGGAGGUCAAUCCUGGGGUGUCCCUGAGAAGUCCUCCCCUACCUGGGACGACGGGCCAGCCAAGACCCAGCAGAACCAAACCCAGAGCUGGGGAGAGGGGCCCAAGUCCUCCUCCCACGGCUGGGGCUCCGGCCAUGGAAGUGGCUCCAAUGGAUCCAACGGCUCCAACGGCGGAGAGUGGAGAGAACCGGCCGAGGUGAAGAAGAAUGGGUCCUCCAGCCACAUGUGGGAAGGAGAAGGAGGAAAUGGACGAGGAGGAGGGUGGAAGGACAGCCCCAGAGGGGGUGGAGGAAAUGGGGGCGGCUGGGGGUCGAAGCCUGCCCCUGCUGUUGGUGGCUGGGGGGAGACCCAGAACCAGCAUCCCAACGGCCCAGCACCAGGAUGGGGCUCCAAGCCCCAGGAAUGUCCCAGCGGUCCAGCACCAGGAUGGGGCUCCAAGCCCCAGGAAAGCCCCAGCGGCCCAGCACCAGGAUGGGGCUCCAAGCCCCAGGAAAGCCCCAGCGGCCCAGCACCAGGAUGGGGCUCCAAGCCCCAGGAAAGCCCCAGCGGCCCAGCACCAGGAUGGGGCUCCAAGCCCCAGGAAAGCCCCAGCGGCCCAGCACCAGGAUGGGGCUCCAAGCCCCAGGAAAGCCCCAGCGGCCCGGCACCAGGAUGGGGCUCCAAGCCCCAGGAAAGCCCCAACUGCAAUAGUGGAGGAGGUGGACCAGGAGGAGGCAGCAUGGGGUCCUGGGGCGGCCCUGCAUCUGUAAGGCAGAGUUCCAACCCCGGCUGGGGCCCGGGGAGCUCCGGAGCCAAACCCGACCCAGCGAUGGAGCCCACCGGCUGGGAGGAACCCUCUCCUCCCUCCAUCCGUCGCAAGAUGGAGAUCGAUGACGGCACGUCCACCUGGGGAGACCCCAGCGCCUACAACAAGACCGUGAAUAUGUGGGACCGCAACAACCCCACUGGAGGUAACGGUAACCAAGGGAACAACCCCACCCAGCCGCCAACCAACAAGAGUAGCGGAGGCUUGACCGUCAACAACAGCCACAACAACCACUCCUCCGUCCCCCCAAGCAACAACAAUCACCACCACAUGAACCACCACCACCUGCACCACGGACAGCCCCCGCCACACAGCCAGCACCACGGCAACAACAAUGGAUCCACCAACACCGCCGCCCCGCACCAGGGCGGAGGACCCCAGGGCAGACCACCUAUGGCCAACCCAGGCUGGGGGGAGCUGCCCAGUGUCCAGCAGCCCAAGCCAGAGCCAGCGUGGGGGGAGCCCGCUGGCCCCUCUCCUGCAGUGGACAACGGCACCUCUGCCUGGGGCAAACCCCCUGGUGUUCCUGGAGGCUGGGGCGAUGGGGGGCACGAGCCCAAUGGACCCUACAGGAGGGGAAACAACGGACCCUCUGGACCUGCACCCUGCAAGCCAGCCCUCAAAUCUAUGCAAGACGGUUGGGGAGGCGGGAGGGAGGAGGAGAUGGGCAUGUCUUCUGGCCAAUGGGAUGCUGAUGCCGGAGACGUGUGGAACAGCCCCGCCUCCCAGGAGAACAACUCCUCCUGUAACUCGUGGGGCCAGCCACCCAAGAAGGGCCCGCCCAAGGGCAAGAUGGGCAACCAGCCAGACGAAGCCUGGAUCAUGAACCGUCUCAUCAAGCAGCUCACAGACAUGGGCUUCCCGAGGGAUCCUGCUGAGGAGGCUCUGAAGAGCAACAACAUGAACCUGGACCAGGCCAUGAGUGCUUUGUUGGAGAAGAAGACUGAACUGGACAAGCGGGGCAUGGGCAUGUCAGACUACAACAACGGGAUGAACAAGCCGUUGGGUUGCCGUCCUCAGGCCCUCUCCAAAGACCCCUCCUCGGACCGCAGCCCAUUCCUAGACAAGGACGGUGGUCUGUCAGAUGACGCCCCCCCCUCACCGUUUCUGCCUUCUCCCGUCAGCCUGAAGCUCCCCCUGGUUAACAACCUGCAGCCUGGGCUGGCCCUGGGCUCCCCGGGGCUCAACAUGCAGAACAUAAACAACAGACAGAUGCAGAGUGGAAUGUUGGGCAGUAGUGGAGCAGCACUAUCCCGGGCCAUGCAGCAGCCGCCUCCUCAGCCGCCAGUGCCGCCUCUCGGCUCCUCCCAGCCUAGUCUACGCGCUCAAGUGCCUCAGUUUCUCACCCCUCAGGUUCAAGCACAGCUCUUGCAGUUUGCUGCAAAAAACAUUGGUCUGAACCCUGCACUUUUAACCUCACCAAUAAACCCUCAACAAAUGACCCUGUUGUACCAACUUCAGCAACUGCAAAUGGCGUACCAGCGUUUACAAAUCCAGCAGCAGAUGAUGCAAGCUCAGCGCAACGUCUCCGGUCCCAUCAGACAACAAGAGCAGCAAGUUGCACGUACAAUCAAUAACAUGCAGCAGCAGAUCCAACAGCACCAGCGUCAGCUGUACCAGGCCCUGCUGAUGAAGCAGCAGCCCCCCGGCUCCCACUCCUCCUCAGGCCUGCACCCCGGCCAAGGCAAAUCAGCCCUGGACUCAUUCCCAGGCCACCCCCAGGCUCCGGGCCUCUCCGACCUGCACACCAAAGAGCCGCAUUCUUCUCCCAGCUCCUACAGCCCCUACCCCCUCUCUGGACUCAAUCCAAACAUGAAUGUAAACUGCAUGGAGGUGGGGGGCCUGUCCAUGAAGGAGCCUCCCCAGCCUCAGUCCCGUCUGUCCCAGUGGACCCACCCCAACUCCAUGGACAGCCUCUCUGGAAACUCCUCCCACAUGGAGGCUAACCUCAAUAAGCACGGUGCCAUUUCUGCUGCUUCUAAUCUGGGCCCCCCUGGAAAGCCCCCCCACAUGGAUGACUCCUACAGCCCCUACAGUAUGAUGGGUGGGUCUGAGUCCCCCACCUCCCCCCUGGUUCCCCCUGACAGCUGGGGCCAGGGACCGGGAAAGAGCCCCAAGGACCAGAUCACCAACGGAACGAAUAUCAACUGGCCCCCAGAGUUCUGUCCAGGCGUACCCUGGAAGGGCCUGCAGAACAUUGACCCUGAGAACGACCCCAACAUGACCCCAGGAAGUGUUCCCAGCGGCCCCACCAUCAACACCAACAUCCAGGACGUCAACCGCUACCUACUCCGUGACCGCAGCGGAGGCUCCUCCCCUCCUUCACCGCCUCAGAACGGUGCUCUGCCCCCCUCCGCGGACUGGCCAGUCAGUGGCUGCUACACUAGCUCUUUCAGUCUGUCCUCCCCGGAUGAGGAGAGUGCAGGUAAACUAUCUGACAUGAAGUCCACCUGGUCCCCGGGGCCCAUCUCCCACCCCUCCCAGGCCUCUCUGUCCCACGAGCUGUGGAAGGUUCCCCAGGGGCCCCGCAACAACACAGCCCCCUCCAGGCCACCUCCGGGCCUCACCAACCCCGCCAAGCCCUCCUCCACCUGGGGAGGAAACUCCCUGGGCCUGGCCCAAGGCUGGAGCAGCUCAUACACCUCAGAGGGCACAACCUGGAGCACAGACAGCUCCAACAGGACCAGUAGCUGGCUGGUACUGAGGAACCUCACCCCCCAGAUAGACGGCUCCACCCUGCGGACGCUGUGCAUGCAGCACGGCCCCCUCAUCACAUUCCACCUCUUCCUGACCCAGGGAAACGCUGUGGUGCGAUACAGCUCCAAGGAGGAGGCUGCCAAGGCCCAGAAGUCCCUGCACAUGUGUGUGCUGGGGAACACCACCAUCCUGGCAGAGUUUGCUGGGGAGGAGGAGGUGAACCGCUACUUUGCACAAGGCCAGCAGCAGCAGCUUCCGCCCACCACCAGCUGGCAGCCUAACCCCGGCACCAAUCAGACGCGCAUAGGCGGAGGCUCGCAGCAGCACGCCAUUGGCCAUCACUGGAGUGGCGGCCUUGGGGGAGGAGCCAAGACCGGUGGAGACCUGCUGUGGGGGGGCGUGCCCCAGUACUCCAGCCUGUGGGGGCCCCCUAGUGGCGAUGAUAGUCGCGGCGUUAUCGGAAGCCCCAACCCCAUUAACACGCUGUUGCCAGGCGACCUGCUGAGUGGAGAGUCCAUGUAGGACAACACACUAACAAACCAACCAUGAGGAUGGAUGUUUCAACGCUGGAACAGACAGUGGAAAAAUAAUAAAUACACAAAAAAAUGACAAUGAACAGGAACAAAACCAAGCAAAUCAUGUGGCGAUAAUCAGUAUCAACGGAACUGUGAAUCGUGUACCGGAAGGCUGGGGGCGACGACACAAGACUGCUGACCCCUACGCCCUUCGUUUUUACGUUUUUUCCCCUCCUUUUUAGUUGACUUCUUAAAAGGGGAUUUUGUUUUUAGUAUUUGAUAAAUGUUGGAAGCAAACAAAAAUGAAAUGCCGAAAAGACUCAAUGAAGAGAGAACCAUUAAGUGUUUUUAAGUUUUCCAUGAAUAUCGCACAUUCUGUGUGAAAUCUUUUUUAGGAGAAGCAAUCGUAGAAGCUGCCAUUUUGAAUCUUUCCUUUGCCCACGAAACUACAAAUUGAUUUAAAAAAGGCCAUUCCCAGCAUGCCCGUGGUUUAAAGACCUUUUACUUACGUUAUUGUUUUGUUUCCAAGCACUAAUAUUAGCCUUAAGCGCUCUACUGCGGCCCAGGUCCUCCUUCAAUCUCAAGCCUUUUUCAUUGUUUUGAAACUGAAGAAAUAUUGUGAUUUUGAAAGCUUGCUCAGUUCCCAUCUCUGAGCCAGUGAAUGGAACAGAACAAGUGUGAUCAACCAAGGUCGUAUUCACUAGGAACGAAACGGAAGCAAGCGGACUGAAACUGAGGGACUACCUGAACUUUGUCCAAUAAGAAAUGCUUGUUUUCGCAUGCUGUUGCAAAACGUUUUGCCACGUGUGCACCUAAUGAAUAUGACCCCCAAGUCACUCGGCAGUAUGAGGCCUGUCAACACUGACCCAACCAAUCAUCAGUUAAAACCUUUUUCUGUUUUUUUGGUCGUUAAUUUGUUCUUAAAGGGAUUUACACUGCUGUUUUUGUUCUUUUUGUAUAUCGGGCGCAUUUUUAUAUCUAUCGCAACAUAAGCUGAGAGAUUAUUACACAUCGACAGACCUAGCUGCAUCUGUUUUAUGUGUGUUCUUGAGUAUAUGUCUGAUGGAACCUAAUCAUUCACAUCUGGGAGUUCAGAUUACCACUGCUCAGAAGAACUACGACUUCAGCUAUACUCACCUAACGAGACUUACAGGUGCUUCUUGUCAAUUAUUAACAUUAUUAGUCGGUUCCGUUGUUUACCCUCUCGUCCCCAUUAUGGUCCACCAGUUUCUGGAAACGACGACAAAAAAAAAAGAAAACGCUUCAACUUGAUGUGAAAGUUACAUUGUGCAAUAUAUACGCCACAGACCCUUCUUCCGUCCACACUCAAGUCCAAACAGGAACUGGUUUCUUUACAUUUUUCGUUCUUGAUUUUUGUUGUCGUUGAUCAAAGCAAAGAACUUAAGAACUACAGAAACUUUACCUUUUCUAAUUUUUGAUUCCCACCAGGCCUCCCCUUGACCCCCCCAUGAAAAACCGUUGCGUUAACUCUUGCCGGAGAGGAGGAGCGAGGAUGGUGUUACUAUUAUAACUGUGUUCAGAAACUGUCUCUGCAGCCCUGAAACUCCUCAUACGUACACAUUGAACUGGGGUACAUGAGAAAGCACCAUCAGAAAGCCCUUCCUCUCCACGUUGCCACAGCCACACUGAACAGACUGAAUCCAGGUGGGGGAGUCACUGGAGGGUCACUGGAGAUCUGGCACAAUACCAAAUAAGAGGGGUUUAUCCUAAUGCAGUAGAUCUACUACGAGUGUUCCUUGUAUUUGGUACUGUGCAAAAAUGUAAAAGAUAGACUAACCUUUAGUCUAUUUCAAAGGGUUUUAUCAUAGCACUUAUGAAGAGAGCUAAAAGCUUCAACUUGCAAACCAAUAAAUCAGAAAAAUGGAGCAGCAACUUUGAAAACUGAAAAAAAAAAGACAAAAAAAAGUACUCUUGCUCUUUUUGUACUGUAUCUAUACUUGGAAAUAACUUCUGGUAUUUGUUUGUUCCUCUUUGGUCCAAGGACUUGUAUGAACUUUAAAAUGGUAGCAGGAUGAAGAAAAGAAAAAAAAGGAAGUCUACUUUUAUCUGACAAAGUCUGCAGUGUUUGAUUUUUUUCUAAAGACAUUUUCUUUUAACUAUAUCAAAGUGAAUAUCACUGUUACUCCAAAAUGUUUAGCCUUUUUCUUGUCUGGAGACACUAGACAUGCAAUGUUACCUGUCUCCGGCCAACGGUCGGUCGGAGUGGGGAGGGGGGCGGUCACGGUCCACUGAGUGCCUCUCUGCUGUGGUGCCCAUGGCGAUGGUCGCUAGGCAAGGCUACCCCCACAGCAGUAUUUCCUCCUGGGCUGGAACCAAGCUCUCCCAUUGGACACCCUCAGCCCGGCAGGAAACCACGCUCCCUCCAAGACUGGCCUAUCAGCACGGAGCUAGCCAGCUAACGACCGCGCCAGCAGCACUCGACCUCGUCUCAACCAACCCUCUCCAUUUCCCCUAAUCUUCUUUCACACAAAGAUCACUUUAGCUGGAAGUCAAGAGACAGUCAAAUUUCUGGAAUUUUGCCAGUGUUUGAUGAAUUUUAUUUAGUUUUUGUUUGACGUUAUGUAUUUUUUUAUUUGUUAUUUUUGUCUACAUGCAGUGGUCUUUUCAAGAUGGCUGCUUGAAACUAGCCCUUUUCACUGUUCAUAUGCAGAAACACUUUGGUCAGAGGUGCCUCUGUAUGUUCAUCCUGUGUAUUGAAUGCAAACGAGGAUCAAUACUACAGCCCGUCAUUGAUUGUCUAUUAUUAGUUAGUAUCUUAACUGAUUGAUUGAUCAUUGCUUUGUUUUGGACAGUAUUCUGUAGUACUUCCAGGCAGUAUCUCAAGAAGUGUAAGUUAGACCAAUAGGGUGUCUCAGAUGGGUGAGUGUGUCCUGCCUGACCCUCGCUGCUCCACCUGGGUUCCACCAGGGAUGUCCCCUCUCGCCCGCUCACACAGCUGCUACUCUACACCCUCCAGUCCCCACCAAAGCAAACAACCUAGGCCAUGGCCCUCCCCCUGACCAGACAUAAACAGCGACUCAGUUCUGUUUCUAUGCAAAAGACUAGAGGCUGCGGGCCCUUUACAGCCAACGUGCCAAUCCUGCCUUAAGGGUUGAGCACCGACUCACAGAGCUAGACCCAUUAACCUCCUGCUGUAUGUACCCUUCAGCACUUAGAAUAUGUCCGCUCCUGGUCCUUAUAGCUGGGUUUAAACCACAACACUGUCGUAUUCCAAACUUCCACCCUCUAUGCUGAGUUAGUACCACUGGAGUGGAGGUAUAGUAGGCCUCUCUUUACUGUGCUGAAGACUGAUCUCCUGUCAGCUUGAACUCAGGGUAGGAAAUGCCGUUAAAAGAUGCAGCUCUCUCUGUAUGCAUGUCCUUUUGCUGUAGUGUAACAGAGCCAAGUUCUACACUAACUAAUGGCAAGCUGUGCAGUAGCUUUGGAUAAAAGCGUCUGCUAAAUGGCAUUUAUUAUUAUUAUUAUAUAGUACUAUAGACUUGUUUUGGUUGGAGAAUUGUUUUUGGGGAACGGGAUAGUAAUGGUUUCCCUUCCCAACUAUAGGCCUACUGUAAUGUUACAAUGUAGAGGCCCAUUCUGCAUGUAAGAUGCCAAUGUUAUCCUAUGUGCCAAUACAAUAAAAUCUAUAGAUCUCAAACUAGCCCAUGUUAUACGAUCUGGAGAAAGAGCUCUUCUCUUCCCAGGAUGGAGGAUCUUUGAUAACCUUUGAUGGAGGAUCUUUGAUAACCUUUGAUGGAGGAUCUUUGAUAACCUUUGAUGGAGGAUCUUUGAUAACCUUUGAUGGAGGAUCUUUAAUAACCUUUGAUGGAGGAUCUUUGAUAACCUUUGUGAUGGAGGCAGGGGGGCAGGAGGGAUCAAACAGAUGGGUGGGGGCAACACACCUCAUCCUGAACCACUGAGAUAAUAUGGCCGGGUCUCUCAUGGCACCCUGUUCACGAUGUAGUGCAUUAUAUAGGGACAUAGGGUGCCAUUUGUGGGGAAUGCCCUGUUCUUGAUAAAUUCUUUGGCGGAUCCAAGUAUCCUAUGGUGCACAGUCAGUUUGAUGUUGGGUAAUCCUGGGUACAUAUUUUUUUAAACCAAAAAUGAAUUUCUUGCAUUUCAAUGUCAUUUUAAUAUGAAGUUUGACACAAAAUCAAGAAGAAAAAAUUAUAAAAAAUAAAAACGGACUAAAAUAAAAGAUCUAUAAUAUGUUAAAACUAAAGCUCUGCACUUCUAGCUGAAAUGUCUCCAGUCCAGCAACCUCUAACUUCUACCAUCCAGGGAGUCAGAAUGCAGGCUGGAGAGCCUUUUUGUGGAUGCUGUAUUUAUCGUAUUUGUUAGUUUCCUCUCAAAGCGGACCCACAACUGUAUAUUUCCACAGACCCAGAUGGCUUCGGGCCCACUGUAUCAGCCCAGGUCGCUCGCCUCACUGUUUCUGCGGUAGGCAACGAGAGUGGACGCAUUUCAAAAGGUACAAAGUCUUAACAACAAAAAAAAACAAAAAAAAAAAUGGGAUAAGGCUACCUUUUUGGGACUGUUCGGCGUCCUGCAGCACACUAGCAAAAAUCACUAUUGCCUGUUUCUGUAACUGCCUUGAUCCAAGCUCAGAGACCAAUUAGCCGGGUGGGGGCCUCCAAACGUCCGCUCGGUGUGUGUGCACCAGCACUGAGGGGCAGGCCGUGCUCUCUCUCUACUGCUUAACUAUAGAUAUAUAUGGAUAUGUACGCUGUGUGUGUGUGGUCGGUAGCACAUCAACAGACACCUUGGAUCUCAAUCUCUGAAACCUUUUAUUCCUCUUAAAAGGUCUGGGUUCAAUACAAACUGAAGAUGAGCAAUAUGUAUUCCCCCUGCAAAUAAGUGAUACGAAGGAAAUGGAAUGGGUUUAGUGGUUAAACUGGUACUUGAUGGAUCAUGAGUAAUGUCUUUCCUACCUGCAGUUGGAUAUGCACGUUCUGGAUUUAUGAACAUAUUACAGUAAGUACCUUGAACUACUUGUACUGUAUGUGAAUUUGUCUAAACAACCCAACCUGAAAUCACCUGUUUUUUAAAUGCAUACUUUCCCAGUAGAGAAAAAUAUCAUUAAACAUAUCAACACACAAAUAUAAACACAAAUACUUGAAUCAAGGAGCGCCAAUAACGUAAUGUGAAGUCUCUUUUGUAAAAAAUAAAAAAUAAAAAAAAUUGACUAGUACACUUCCAAGCUUGAGGUCAUCAAUUAAAAAAGAUUGGAGAAAAAAAGUGCAAAAAUCAUUUGGUUGUGUGAUUGAAAGUCAAAUGUAUGUGUGCAAACAACUGUGUGCUUGGCAGGCUUAGGACUGCUGUCAUGUUCCAUUCAGUAUGUUGUGUAUUGACAUUGUUGUCUGUUCUUUUAUUCAGUUUAUUUUUUGCUUGUCAAAACUAUAUUCUGAUAGACAUUUUUCUUCUAACGUUGCACUGAGUGUCCUCUACCCCUCACUCAGCUAAUCGUAGACAAACGAGGGGAGAGGGUGACAAUUCAUGUGUAAAUGUUUACUCAAGGACUUAAUGGAAAAAAAGUUUUUGUUUUAUCUGUAAAAUGUUUAUCUACCUUAGUGGCUUUUAUUGUGGAAUAAUCCAAAACAAGGAUUAUCAUUGAGUAUUGCACCAUUUUCUUCUGAUUACAUACAAAUGUCAUGAAAAAAGACACAAAAAAAUGGUCUAAGAAUUGUGGCCAUAGAUGGUCGGACUAGUAAUCUCUUAACUUCAUAUGGAAAGGGAUAAUGUGGGGAGAUGAGUUUGUUACAGGACUCAUUUCAGAGGUGCCUAUAUCUUGUUUUCUUUAUGCAUAGCCACCCGUCGUUUACAAACAUUUCAUGUCUGAAGUUGAGGAAAAAGGAAUUUUGAAAUGUUGAAAAAGACUAAUUCCAUCUUCCAUCAAAAUAUGAACAUAAAACAAACUUUGCAAAAUGAAGAUUUAUGCUACUUUCAGAACUCUGGGAUUGAUCAGUGUUGUCGUUUUUAAUUUCUCUUUUUUUUUAUGUCGACAGACUAUGUAUUGAAUUAUUUGAAUUUUGUCUUUGUAAAAAGACAACGCAAUUUGCUCACUAUCUUGCACACUCGUAAAGAUGUGGAUCUUGUCUCGGGAAGGCCAGGAUUUCCAGAGUUCAAACUCCACCAUUUGUAUUUAAAUUUGAGAGUUUUAAAUUACAAUAACUUUGAGAAAUGUAACUCCAGGCACUGAAAGUUAGGGAUUUAAAUAGAAUAUGAUAUACCAUUGCUUCUAAAAAUCCAUUGCGGUUACAUAAUUUACCAAAUAAAUGACUGAAAAUGAACUUUGAGAGAAAGUAGAGUGCUUUACAUGUAAAAUUGCUUUACAUUUAAUUAAAAUUGAUCAAUGGUUUUAAUUGUCAAACGGCAGUGAUUAGUUUUACUUAUGCAUUUUCUUUGAGGUUCCAUCCUGUAACUUUCAGGAGCUUUGUGCAUUACUGUCUCUGUUCCUGUGGCAGAUAUUCAAUGAGUUAAGAGAUUCUGUCUAAUAGAUGGUUUUCAGGAGACAGAUUUGAAGUGUGUGUGGGGGGGGGUAGCUGGUUUUUAAAGGAUCAUGAUCUAUGCACAAGUGGGAGGGAGAGUCCAGGCUUGCUUUUCUCUUGGGGCCCGGAACUCAUACUCUGGGGUUCAGGGUUUGAUGUAGGGGUGUGUCUUUGUGCUACAAAUUUGCUAUGUUAGAUUUUCUUCCCCCUCAGAUUUAUGGCAACUUUAUUGCUUCGCCAUGCUGUGUAAUCCUUAAGCAAUGAGCGCUUAUCCUUCUGCUAAAGCACUGUGGGUUAUACUGAGAAAAAGCCCAUGACUUUUAAGGCGGUCUGGUUUUUGUAAGGGGGGAGGAGGUGGUACUCUGCCUUUUUAUUUAAAAAAAUAAACAUUAAGGAGAAAUGUCUGUACUGAGAAAGUUGUGGCUUUUAAUGUUUUUUUUUUCUCCUCAUAGAAUGUGAUUGUUAAUGACAUGCACCGGAAAAAAACAUGUUUCCAUGAGUUAUGGAGCUUCUUUCGGACUAUAUUAAUAAAUUGACAUUUUUCUUGGCUGUUAAAAA